GAUCUUGCCAAGCAGCGCGACCUUUUCGGUCCUGAAGCCUACCCAACCUGGGCGGCUCUACGGGGGCUCAUAGAUGAUAUUGUUUGCAAUAUCACCUCUGCCAAAAGUAGUGGAAACAACGGCGGCAGUGGAAGUGUGUCUGCCGGACAGCGUGCUGGUGGUCCAUUUCCAAUUGAGAUCUUGGAUAUAUUCAAUCGAAUGCUGUUAGUUGCUCACUACUAUGCUAUACGUUCAGCAGUGCUUACGGUGACCAACUCGGCAGACCUUAUGCAG